AGGAGGGGGCGGCCAUGGCAGCUGCGCUGAGGCAACGGCGGCUGCGACGGAGCGCGCGCCCAGCUUUGAAUGAGCGGGGCUAGCACUGAACAGGCGGAGCGCGAGCUCGAGGAAGCAAUCGGCAGUGCGCGUGCGCGCGCCUUGUGUGCGCGCGCGGCCCGCGGCAGCUCGGAGCCUCCGCCGGGCGGGCGGGGAGGGGGAGGGGCAGGAUUUGAUCCCCACCAUGGCUAUCACACAGUUUCGGUUAUUUAAAGUUUGCACCUGCCUUGCAACAGUAUUCUCAUUCCUAAAGAGGUUAAUAUGCAGAUCUGGCAGAGGACGGAAAUUAAGUGGAGACCAAAUAACUCUGCCAACUACAGUUGAUUAUUCAUCAGUUCCUAAACAGACUGAUGUUGAAGAGUGGACUUCCUGGGAUGAAGACGCCCCCACAAGUGUAAAGAUUGAAGGAGGCAAUGGGAAUGUAGCAACACAGCAAAAUGCUUUGGAACAACUGGAACCUGACUAUUUUAAGGACAUGACACCAACUAUAAGGAAAACUCAGAAAAUCAUUAUUAAGAAGAGGGAACCAUUAAAUUUUGGCAUCCCAGAUGGUAGCACAGGUUUCUCUAGUAGAUUAGCAGCUACACAGGAUAUGCCUUUCAUUCAUCAAUCUCCUGAGUUAGGUGACUUAGAUACCUGGCAGGAAAAUACCAACGCAUGGGAAGAAGAAGAAGAUGCGGCCUGGCAAGCAGAAGAAGUUCUGAGGCAGCAAAAGAUAGCAGACAGAGAAAAGAGAGCAGCAGAACAACAAAGGAAGAAAAUGGAGAAGGAGGCACAGCGGCUAAUGAAAAAGGAACAGAGCAAAAUUGGCGUGAAGCUUUCAUAACGGAUGUCCUUCCCGCGCCAU